GAAGGAGUCGAUGCGGGGCGACGGUUGGCGGAGGCAGCCACGGCACAAUGACGGCGACGGCGAGGUGGCGACCCGGCCGGACAGGGACGGAGUGAGGAGGCGGCUUCGGGGCCUGCGACCCGUGCUAGGGAGGGAGGCGGCCUCGUGGGCGGCGCUCGGCUUGGCGCGGUGGCGGCCCGGAGCAGGAUGAAGUCGGCGUCGACGGCAGCUUCGGUGGCCUUCGGCCAAGGGAAGACGGAGGCGGUGGGUGGCGGAGACCGGAGAGAGCAGAGCAGCGGACCGGCGGCGCUGCUGUGAGUGAAGACGAACGGCGGUGCGGCGGCGCCACCAGUUCCCCCGAGGCCGAUGCAAAAGGAGAAGGGGAACGGCGGUAGGGAUUGCGGCGGUGGCGGCGACGGCGGCGGCGGAGGCGGCGGACGGCGGUAGGGACGGCGGCGGGCGGCAGCAGGGAUGGCGCCGGCGCCAGGCCGCCAGUGGCGUGCUCACGAGUGCGGAGAGAGGAGAUGGGGAAAAAAGCGUGGGGCCCACGAUUUGGCAAGGCAACUCUAGCUGGCUAAAGUUGGCCAGCCUGGGGAGGAGUUUAGCCAGCCGUUUAGUAAGUCUGUUGGAGCCCGUUUUUUGCUCAAAAUUACCAAAAUUUAAAUUGGAGAGUGAGAUGACAACUCUGUUGGAGAUGCUCUAAUGCUCGCUUUUUGCUUCUAGCUAGUGUUCAUUUUCUACUGUCAUAAACAGGCCUUCGCUUGGUGUGUCAGGCAAGUGAUGGAGAUGCCUACAUGGCUCCAUGUUUUCGUGGCUCCUGCUUCCACCUCGGCGCCUCCAGCGCUCGACAGUGGCAGGGGACCCCGGAAACACGACGCGUGCAGCCUCCCAGCAAGCAAGCUUGCGUGCUUUGCCAGCCAUCAACUCCCAUUGGCCAAACCAUAAUUCGCCGGAUUAUGGCCAACUAUGUUUUUUUUCUUUAAAACUCAGAUUUUAAAACCACGGCGACAUCGUAAACUUGGACAGAAAAUUUCUAUGCCUGGGGUCCUACCAAUAGAGUCGGAUGGUGGGUCAUGGAUGGAAAUUUGGAAUGGAACAGACAAACAAAUCUGAAACCUCAGAAUACCCAGCAUUUCAAAUCACCAAAUUGCAACACCGGACCUACACAAAAAAAAAUAAUCAUCAAACCUGAUCCCCAUCUUUUCUUCCGGGAAUAUAAUUCCAUCUCGGAAAUAUAAAAAUCAUCGAUAGAUAUAUCCUCUCUUCCAUUUUUUUUAAAUAUAAACGAUGAUAUCAUGUGUGAUUCCCUGGAGGGGGAGAGCUAAUAAUGGUGCCGUCCCAUCUAAUCGGGCUCAUCGUGGCCGUCGUCGAUUCGAGGAUGGACGGCGGGAUCGGGGGUCCAGUUCGCUGUCGGGUGGGGCCCACGGUGAGCUCGCCACGACGACCACGAUCCACGCCACCCGCUCCAAUUUGAAAACCCGCUUUGGCUUGGCUUCGUCUUCUCUGUCUCCUCUGCUUUUGCGCUGCUCGCUCGCCUCAUCGGGCGCCGCGCGCGCCAUGGCAUCCGAGGUGGUGAGGAGGAGGAGGAGGAUCGCGGACUACCUCAACGACGGCGAGGAGCUCGGGAUCGAGGGGUCGCCGGCGGUGACGCCGCGGUCCCCCGCGCUCGCGGCGGCGAGGUCGCUGCUGCCGAGGUUUAGGUGGGCCCGGGCGGCGAGUAGGAUUGGGAGGAAGGGGAAGGCGGAGAAGGAGGGGGUGGUGGUGGUGGAGGAGGAGAUUGCGGUGGAGAAGAACGGCGAGCCCGUCGCCGCCGCCGCCGCCGCCGCCACCGUCGCCUCUACCUCAGUGUUCGACAACGAGAGCCACACGAGGACUCCCGACCUCGGCGUUGGCCUGAGCCUGGUGUUCCUCCUCGCCAAGACAUCCGACGAGUUCAACAAGAUGGCGAAGGUUCGCGCGGAGAUGGAGACGCUGCUGAGAGAGAUCAAAGAGCAGGUGAGGCAGAGCAGCAGCGGAGGGGUUGGUGACGACGACGCAUCGAAACCCCGCUGCAACCUCGAGUCCGCCGCGUCGAGCUGCCUCACGGACACGAACGAGAACGAGAGGGCGAGCGCGCGCAUGAUGGAGGAUCAGGCCACCUCGUCGUCCAACCACAUGGAGGAGGAGGAAGUGAGCUGCGAGAAAUCAGCGGAGGAGUACGAGUGCUGCUUCCCGAGGAUGGAUGUGCUCGAGGAGGAGUUCCAUGCCGAGCUCGAUCUUCUCCAGGUUAACUAUGGUUCAGAUGUUCAGCUGUUCUUGCCUGAAGAACAUGAUGCAGAGCAACCGGAUGAGAUCACUGAAUGCCGGGAAGAAUUCAAUGAUGAUGUUGGGAGAGAAGAUGAAGUAGUGGAGGACGAAGACUACGACGAUGAAGCUGAAUACAAUGGUGUCAAUGCCGUCGAGCUUGAGAGGAGGCUGCACGAGCUCCUCCAUCAGAGGAACCAGGAGCGGAUCGAAGAGCUGGAACUCGCGCUGAAACGCGCGGAGAAGAAGCUCGUCGAGAAGGAGAUGGAGGUGUCCAUGUGGAAGGACACAGCGAAGCUCGCGCUGCGACAGGACAGUAGUACUAUGUUGUGACAUGGUGAUUGCAAAGCUGGCAUGCUUCAUGUGCGCAAUACUGCAAUUUGUACAUGAUUUAGGAUUAUUGCUUCAUGGGGCACACACGCAGACACGCUGGAGCGUGGCACUUGCGACGUAUUUUUGUAGAGUUUUACGCCAGUUAUAGUGAACAGUUCAUACCGAAGUUUAGUGUUAGCCUUUCUUAGGUGAUCUCUAAGCAAGUUUGUUGUUUCGGGUUUGGGGCAAAUGCAGUUCAAUUAGUCUGACUGAUGUCCGGUUCUAUAUUUGUUUGUACCAUGUGUACGUCUCUUCGUAUUUGAGAAUUCAGAUGGCAAUUUGGUUGCCUGUUUUUAGGCUUUUAGCAACA